AUGGAUAUAGAACUUGACCAACAUGGGGGACCAAGUAAUAGGGAUGAACCUGCUACAGAACAAACCGCUAAUGUGAGCAUGAGUUCAAGAUCAGCUUCGUCGUAUUCACAAAACCAUGACCAACAGGCUACAACAAUGCGCUUGACGCAUAUAAGACAGUUAGCCCGUUUGUCUACGUCUCGAACAACCAAUGUGGUCACUCAAAAUUAUGUGCCUGAAGUUACCUCAAGUCAUCACCUCCAACAUUGCAUUAACAGUGAGUCUACUAAUAUUCAUAAGGAUCAAGACAACAACAUUGAGCAAGAGAGUAACCAAGAGAAUUGGCGUAGAAACAGAGUUAAUACGGUGAGGCGUAUAAGGAGAGCAAUUGUAAAUUACAACUGCGGCAGAGAUUGGCACGAAGGAUAUGGUGUCCCAGUAUUACGAUUGCCAUCACUAAGAACAUGUCCAUACUGUAAUGCAUGGUUAUUCCAUCAUGAGACAUCCAAUAUGUGUUGUUUGAAUGGAAAAAUUGUUCUUCCGCUAAUACCCUCUCCUCCAGAGAUGAUGCAGCUCUUUUCUGAUCAAACAGAUGUUGGUCGAAAGUUCAGACAAAAUAUCAGAGCCUACAAUAAUGUGUUUGCAUUCACUUCAAUGGGUGUGCAUGUUGAUGAAUCACUUAAUGCUCAAAGCCGUGGAAUAUAUACUUUUCGUGCUCAAGAAACGAGGAUUGCCCAUGUACAUAUGCUGGUCAUGCUGGAUGAACACGAUAAACUUAAUAACCCUGAAGAUUAUGACCACAUUGUUAGAGCUGAAAUACCAAAUAAAGAUGAAGAGCCUCAACUUUAUGAUCUGGUGUUGAAACAUAUGAUUCAUGGUCCAUGUGGACUUUUAAACCAACAGUCUUCGUGUAUGAAAAAUGGGGAAUGCAAGAAAAAUUUUCCAAAGAAUUUUACAAAUCACACCGUCCAAGGGAACGAUGCAUAUCCUAUUUAUCGAAGACGGGCAAGUCGUCUACCAGUUCCACUAUGUAGACGAGGAGACACGAUGGUGGAUAACAGAUGGGUUGUUCCUUAUAAUCCAUGGUUGUUGUUAAGAUAUGAUUGUCAUGUCAAUGUUGAAGUCUGCGGAAGCAUAAAGAGUGUCAAAUACUUAUACAAGUAUGUCUACAAAGGUCUUGAUAAAGUAGCAAUGCAAGUGCAGUCUGACCUAGAUAACGAUGAAAUAAGACAAUUUGUUGAUGCAAGGUGGGUUUGUGCACCAGAGGCGUUAUGGAAGAUAUUUAAAUUUGUAACGACCAGAAUAUAUCCAUCAGUUGAGAGAUUACAAAUACAUCUUCCUGAUAUGCAAUGCAUAAGAUUCGAUGCAACUGAAACAAUAGAAGACAUUCUAGCAAAUGAACAUUCACAGAGGACUAUGCUUACUGAAUUUUUCAACAAGAACCAUAAUGAUUCGGAGGCAAGGAGACAUUUGUAUCGAGAAUUCCCUCAAUAUUAUAGGUGGGAUAGUAAGUACAAAAAGUGGGAAAAAAGGAGGAACAACAUUAAGGUCAUUGGGAGAAUUUAUAGUGUUUCACCAUUCGAAGGAGAAAAGUUUUUCCUCCGUGUCCUUCUCAAUCAUGUAAGAGGACCAAAAUCAUUUCGUGAUUUGCUUACUGUGAAUAGAGUUUUGCAACAAACAUUUAAGGAAGCAGCUGAAAAAAGAGCCACUGCAAUUCGAAUGCCAUCAGCUUUGAGGGGAUUAUUUGUCACAAUUUUGGUGUAUAGUCAACCAACUGGUGUCCGUAGAUUGUGGGACGAAUUCCAUCCUUUCAUGGCCGAAGACUACUCUAAUUCGAGGGGGAUGGACGACAGUUCUGUCAAAAAUAGACUGCUUCAACAUCUAAACAGAAUGCUAGAACAAUUUGAUAAGAGCAUUAGAGACUUUGAUCUACCAGAAAUGACAGCUGAGCAAGAAGAUGGUCUACGAGUGCCGAGCUGUAUUGAAGAUGAACAUUCUAUUAAUGUCCCUCAAGAAGAUAUUGAUGCAAUUGGUCGACUCAACAAUGACCAAAUGAUGGCAUUUAACACCAUACUGGAUGCGGUCGUGAGAAGAGAAAGUGCAUUAUUUUUUGUUGAUGGUCCUGGAGGAACUGGGAAGACAAAUUCCAUUCGGUGGAAAAUAAUGAUUUUUGGGGGAUAUUUUCGUCAAGUCCUUCCUGUUGUUCCUAAAGGAACAAGGUCUCAACUGAUUGAAGCCUCCAUUGUGAAAUCAGCAUUUUGGGCACAAGUAAGGAUAUUGAGAUUGAGACAAAAUAUGAGAUCCAUAAAUGACCCCCAAUUUGCAGAGUUUCUACUUCGUGUUGGUGAUGGGAGUGAACAUGUCAUCGAUGACGAAAUGAUAAGAUUACCGGAAUGCAUGGUGAUUCCUCGGGAAAGCGAACAAUCUAUCAACAAAAUAAUUGAUGAUGUUUUCCCCAAUUUAUCAAAUCAUGUCAACGAUGCAAGAUACAUGGUGGACAGAGCAUUGAUUACUCCUCUAAACGAUGAUGUGGACAUGUUAAAUGAGAAGAUUAUCAGAAUGUUUCCAGGUGAAGAAAUUACAAUAUACUCAUUUGACUCUGUGGAAGAUGACACAAGAAAUUUGUACCAACCAGAGUUUUUGAACUCGAUCAACGCCGGUGGGUUGCCGCCCCAUAAAUUAACUUUGAAAACAGGUGCUCCAAUCAUGCUUCUAAGAAAUAUUGACCCAAAAUUGGGAUUAUGUAACGGCACAAGAUUGUUGUGUCGCGGUUCCUACCAAAACCUGAUAGAUGCUGAGAUACUAACCGGACAAUUUGCUGGGACUCGAGUUUUUCUACCUAGGAUUCCUUUGAAAAGUCAAGAAACUGCUGCGCUACCGUUUCAACUAACAAGAAAACAAUUUCCACUCAAACUGAGUUUCUCUUUGACCAUAAACAAAUCUCAAGGUCAGACGAUCCCACAAGUAGGUGUUUACCUCCCAGAUCAUGUUUUUAGUCAUGGACAAUUGUAUGUGGCGUUGUCUAGAGGAGUAUCGAAGUCAACCACAAAGAUUAUGGUUAAAAAAGGCUCCGAUGUUGGUGAAGAAGGCGUGUUUACUAAGAACGUCAUAUUUAAAGAAGUUUUGCUUCAUUCGAACGCAAAUGAUAUGUCGUCUUCAUAG